GUCUGAACUACGUUGCUGUUUCUUAUUUCCUAUAUAUCAUUGUGGCUUGUAUAACUAAUGUAUUGCUGGGGGUUACAAAUGGUUAUAUAGAGUACAAAAUCUUAGUAUACCAGUUAUGUCAAAAAAACAGCAAAAAAAAUCUUUGUCAUCAAAGAAAGGACCAACCAAAGGACUGCGAAAUGUUUUAGUACAACCCUUUGAUAAUUAUUGGCCAGUUUUAGAAGAUGAUAAGGAUGCUUCUUUGAAAAAUCUAUUGAAGAGAUUAUUGGUAGUAUUAAAAAGGAAUCCAGUAAAUAUAUCUUGGGCAAAAUUAAAAAAGAUGACAAAAGAAGAACGUUUAGUAGCUAAAGAAGCUGCCAAAACUGAGGUAUCCACUCUGGCUGAUCAAAAAAUAAUUAACAGUACGGUGAUAGGUGUUAAUGCAGUUACCCGCUCAUUGGAAAAGAAUGCAGUAUGCUGUGUAUUGCUUGACGCAAACGUGGAACCAGUACUAUUGAUCAAGCAUAUAGUUAAUAUGGCACUAAAAAGGAAUGUUCCUGUACUUUUAAUACCUUUUCUAAAGUCAGUCACUGUCGAAACUAUGAAUUUUGCUACUGCAGCAAUUGCAUUUAAGAAUAAUGUAGCCAAAGAUGAAGCAAAUUAUUUUCAUGAAUUAUUUAAAAAGAUAGUGGAUUUGGCUGCAAAUUAUCCAGUGCCAGAUAAGGCUGUGAAGUUAUUACAGGAGGACACUGAAUCCCAAAAUAAAGAAUUGUUACACAAUAAUUCAUGUGUAGAAACUGACCAUAGUACAGACACAGACAAAAGUAUUAAGCUGUUUACAGUGUCUACCAAUGUUUACAAGUACAGAACAUCAAGAAACGAAAGGGUAUUUAUACCAGAAAAUGCCAUGGAAAUUCAAACACCAGGCAAAGUAUGGACUGACUUUAUAGCUGUAGACCAAAGUGUGGAUACUACCAUGAAGGUUGACAACAAAGGAAAGAUGAGGAAGAAUAAAAGAUACAUGGACAUUCAUGAAAAAAAUGAAAAUUCUCCUACAGUAUCGAAAUCUGCUCCAAUGGAUUUAGGCGAUUUUAUAUCAUUCGAGUCACAGCCCAAAGUAAGUAACAAUGACGAUAAUAGUAACAUUUUAUAUAAAUCAAAAAUUGGUGUAUUGGGAAAUAAUGAGACAUCGAUGGAAGAACCAAAUGAUGAUCCCAAAAGAAAUAAAGCAGACACUAGUGAUAAAAACAUAAAAUAUAUCCCUCUCAAAGUAAAACGUCUGAGAGGAAAUAGUAAUCGUAGAAAAGCCACCAAGACUUUGAAAUUAAAGAAAAAAUGACAUGAAACAUGAAUCCCCGUUUAAUAGAUUAAGGUUGUUCUAGGAAUGGAACUGAUGGAAAAAUACAUGUAUUUCUAUACACAAAUAGAUACAUUAUAUAUACAUUUUAAUUUCUUUGACUUAUGACAUUUGACCAUUAAAUAUUAUUAUGUAUUAUAUAU